CCCCGCCUCCUCUUUUGGCCAACAUUUCCCGCUUCGCGAACGGAGCCUUCCGGGGACCCGUAGCGUCGCCCUAUCUCGGCCGCUGUUGUUGUCAGCUGAGCGCAGUCACAUGACCGUGAGCCUCGACUGUCCCUCUUCUGCUUAGCUGCUGAGUCUGGGUCACCCGUUGCCGCUGCGGAUUCCGGGGACUUCAUCUCCGGCCUACGAAGUGAAGGAGGUAAGUGAGGCCUGCAGCCCCGGGAGCGGGACAGGGGCUGGAGCGGAAGGACUUGGGGUGGGGCUGGUGGGCACCGGGAAGGGACAGGCGCUGCGCCCGCUUGCCUUCGGGCGAGCAUCGCUGACAAGGAAGCUGCGCGCUGCCCUGGAGACUCAGCUGGAACUCACGGAAGGCCGCCCCGUUCUCGCCUCCCGAGCUACCCACGUACCCGCUGCACGCCAAAUACUCUCAGCUAGGAAAGCUCUUGCGGAUUCCCAACAUCUGUUUAAGCGGCGAGUGAUUAUCUCGAUGCCGCAGGGAAGGUCACAAGCAGAGCAGGGUGGUUCUCUAUUAUCUCCAGGCUUCUGGUUCUUAGGAGGCAUUACUGAGGUCCUGGCUUUUAACCCCCUUGCUGUUGUGGCUAAUCCCAGCCUUUGCUAGUCUUGGAAUCCAUGAAUUUGAUUGCUCUGCUGCACUCUCAGCUAUUGGGCUAGAUGUUCUUUAAGUGGUGCAGAAAGGCGACUAAAAUAAGUGCCAAGAUGAAGAUGCUGCUGUGCAUAUUUUAAAAAAGCAAAACAGCACAGGGCCACUCUGAUCUCGGGAUGGGAAUUGUCUAGUUAUUUCAGUCUUUCUAUAAGAGCUUUGUUUUUCUGAAUCUUGCUGUCCUUGAGCUUACUGAACCAUUAAGUUUUCUCUCACCACUUCGUUAAAUGUUUGUGCUCCUUGUAAUCAAACCAGUAUCUUGGUACUGCUAAUGACUUUUAGAGUACAUAUAGGUGCACUUAGGUUGUAUGCUAGAAUGAAAAAUGGUUGUUCAACUUCCUUCAUCUGAGGUAAGACUUGAUCUUGUUGACACUAACGCAGAGGGCAGAAGGAAAUGUUUCAUCCAAUAACAGUCAUUGCAUGUUUCCAGUGGAAGGGAGGAAACAGUUUAGAUGGUUUUUGUGUGUAGGCAAAUGGUCCUGAUGAAGUUUGAACAGGUUCAGUCAGGCUGAGUUAUCUGAUGUUUAUGGAGAGUUCUGCCCUAACAAUGAUUUAAUGCAUUAAAAACUCAGGCAGCUUGUUUUGGCAUCAGAGCUGGACUAGGCCAGAUACCCCCUAAGAAAGUAGAAAGCAGAAGUGGUGAAGGUCAUACAUUCUGGUAUUCAAACUAUACUUCCAUUCUGUAAAAAGAAAAGAAAAAGUAUCACUUUAGGAUGAUGUGCAGUGCAAUCUUGUUCAUGCAGCACAAUCUUGUUCAUGCUUGAACUUGUGCUUACAGCUAGAAAGGGUGUACUGUAUAGGGUUGAAAAAUUGAAAAGUUACCCCUUAGCUGGAAAGGGGAAGUGACAUUGGUUAUAGGUCACAGGAAGUAGAAAUCAAGUUAAUCCUUAGCUGCUGGGCAAAAUUACUUGCUGCCUGAACCAGAAACUGUUUGUCUCAAAAAUGAAACUGAGUUUUGUUAGCAGCCUGAACUUUAUUUGGCAACAAAUCUACAAUCUCAAAUGUGCAGAUCCUUUUUGGAACAAUGCCCAUGUCACAUAAUACUGAAUAGUUUAUGAUAAAUGAAAGGGCAUUCUGCACAUUUUUUCUUGCGUUGUUGUUGAUUUAUUUACUUACUACUUUUCUAAAAUGAAUUAGCGCUAUCAAAGUAAAUAUAAAAGUGUGAUAAGCCACACCUCAUCCUAAUACAAUAAUAAGAAAAAAAUACCCAGCAUCAGAGGAGCUAUAUCCCACUGGGAGGAUUUUUUGAAUUAAUUGUAUUAGCUUGGUUGGAAUAAUUGUUCAAGAAAUAAAGAGGUGAACAAACUUUUCUAAGUAGAGUGUUCCACAAAGUAGCUGCUACCUCGGGGGGGGGGGGGAUUGCCCUGAGCCAGAGCUGAUAGAAUGUGAGAAGUGAGAACACUCUUUCUCUCCAGGCUGUCUGUCGAGGUAGGUGUGUGUGUGUGUGUGUGUGUGUGUGUGUCUGUGUGAAUUUAGAGUAUAUGUGUUCCUGACUUUGGGAUUAGGGAUUCUUCUGGUUUACUGUCUGUCUCGUUGCCCAGCGGUCUCCCUGGCUGAACUGAUAGAGCUGAUCUUGGAGGUGAUGCUGAGGACUCCCAGAUUGCUGGUGUUGGGGGACUUCAACAUCCAAGUUGAAGCUGUCAGCUCUGGGGUGGAUCAGGACUUCAGGGCUGCCAUGACGAUCAUGGGGCUGUCCCAACGCUUGUGGAAGGUCACACUCUGGUCCCUGCUUUCUUGGCUGAGCAGGAAGAAGGUGAUCUGAUAUUGACAUCACUUCCUUGUCAGGGCAGAUCACUUCCUGUUGAGAUUUAGGCUUUCCAUUGCAUCCUCAUUGUGCUGUACAACAGAGCUUUUCCUGGUAGUGCAGGGCCUUUUACAGUCUGGCCCAAAGGAGGUGAUAGACCUGAUGGCAGCUUGCUGUGACUUGUUAGCAAAACAUCACUUACAUCCACUGGGAUCUUGACUCCACUAUUACAGCAGAUAACCCUUAAGGGGUGUCCAGAACACUGUCUAGUCCUGUUGUUUUGGCCUUCAGUUGGUUAAGGCUUGAGGACAUUGACAAGGUGCUUGGAUUGGUCAGAACGCCUGCUUGUACUCUGGACCCCUGCUCCCCCCCAUCCUGGCUGAUAAAAAACUAGCAGAGAGGGGACAGCUGGCUGGGCCAGGGAGCGGAUUAAUACCUUGUUGUGGGAGGGGGUGGUCUCUGCCUGCCGUCUCCUAUAUCAUACAGGUAAGGGAAUUAUAGGAUUAUAGUUCUGUUUUAUUCAAAACUGCUUUAUGUAUUGCAUGGAAAUCUUUUCAAAGCUGAUCAUGUUGUAUAUAUUACUGUAAUACUUGUGCAACUAUGUGGGCCUUGGACUUAAAAAGAAAAUUGUUAGAGGAUGUUUGAUUCCAAAUCAGUGUACAGUCAGGAUAGCAUAAUAUAUAAUGCCUGGAAAAUUGAGGUGUAUGCAGAAUAGGCUUCAAUGAGCAACUGUAGAAAAUAAGCAAAUAAUAUGGUAUGCAAAUGCCUGCACCUGGAACAAUCCCGUGGAACAUACAGACUUGUAAGCCUCAUUAAUUUCAAUGUUAAAAAGUUAAGUACAUACUUAAUUCUUAUUUGAAGUUAGUGGGGUUUAAACUUUUGGAAGAACUAUAGUCACUUCUCGUAGGUUUAGCAGCUUUAUAAACACAAUUUCGAACUCUUGAAAUCACUUUGUUCAAUGUAAACUGAUAGCAGCCUUUAUUUUCUUAACAGGUUUUGACAUCAAGAUAAAAAUGGAUAUCCGGGGUGCUGUAGAUGCUGCUGUCCCCACCAAUAUCAUUGCUGCCAAAGCUGCUGAGGUUCGGGCCAACAAAGUGAAUUGGCAGUCAUAUCUCCAGUAAGUUAGUAUCUGGGCACAGGUUCCCAGAAGGAGCAUAUAUCUCUAGGCUUCUAAACUAGUUACAGUUUUUAUGCUUUUGGAAGGUCUUGCAUGCUGUUAGGAGAACUGGAAAAAUACUGAGUUAGUGAAAAUUAACUGUUAUUACCAGAAAUGAUAUUUCGUUAAAACAAAUAAGGAUAGGGUUCCAUGGAUGGAUAUGAUUGAUAGAAACAUUUUUUCCUAACAAUUUUCUUAAACUUUUUCAGAAGUCUGGCAAAAUCUAGGUUUUAAAAUGCCAAUUUGUUGAGGAAUUCCACUAUCCUUAAGAUUGCUUUCUGCCAUUUAACUACAUAAUUAACUACACACAAAAAGGCCUCCCAGAUCUCCAUUGCUCACAAAGAAGAAUUUAACCAGCACAAAAGAACAUUGCCAGGUCAAAGGGUGGGCUGGAAUGUCUAAAUAGUUGUGGCCACAUUCACUUACUAUCCCCCCCGCCAUUUGAUUCAUUAAUUCACAAACAAUACCAGUGAAAUUCACAGGAAAGCAAACACCUAAUAUUCACCAGGCACUGUCUGAUGAAAUAAUUACAGAAUUGGAACGAUAUUAUAUUGUACAAUAAUAGUAAUGAGAUUACAGCCUGAUCAAAUUCAACAUUGCAAAGAAAUAAAAAAAUGACUGUUACUACUUCAUGUGAACAGAAGAACUACACUUCUUGCAAGGAAAAUCUAUAACUGAAAGGAAAACUGAAUCACAAGUUACUGUGUCACUGACUGACUGCAAGAGGGCUUUUUUUUUUUUUUAGUGAAUAACAUCACUUAGGACAUGCUCUUUAUCCCUAAUCAGCAGCUGUUUUUCCUCAUGGCCUUGGAAUUAUGUCGGUCUGUCCUUGGAAAGUUGUCAGGGUGUUGGGGAACCAAAAGAUGUAGGACUGCUGUCUAAGAAUCUUUAUUUAUUUAUUGGCACCAGUGCCCAGGAUUAGUUACUAUUCUGAAAUGGUAGGAAUGAAUAUUAUCUUGCAAUUUAAAAACAUAUAUUUUUAAUAAGGCUUUUUUCUUUGGGCUUGAUUAUCUUUUCUAAGCAGUGUGCUGAUUAACUCCAAAUUUAAGGGAAGGUAAAAUAGUACAGUACAUUGAAAUUCACAAUCAAUAGAUGAUUUCCUGUGGUUUACCCAAAACAUGUUAACGUUGCAUAGAAAUACACUGAAUCUUUUAUUUAUUUAUAAAAAUGUUUAUAUACCACUGUGUCAUUAAAAAAUAUGUCACAGUGCUUUACAACAAUGUAUAAACGUAAAAUGAAACAAUAACAUUUAAGUACAAGUUAAGAACAAAAGAGAAAUUAAAAACACACAUCAAUCGACCAUUGUGGACGAUGUACUUUUAACUGCCUGCAUAGGUCUUCUGGAACCGAAAGGUUUUCAGCAGGCGUUUAAACGUUGGCACAGAAGGUUGCCAACUAUUUGGCAGGAUUUCCCACAGGGCUGGUGGAAGCUAAAGGGUCAGUUUCUCAUUGUUGUCAGAUGAGCCUCACAAACUCAGGGAAUGACCAAAGAUGCUCCUGUAGUUGAUCUUGGUGAUCAAGCUGGGAUAUAAAGUUUCAGGAGAUCCCUGAGGUAUCCUGGAUUCAAGUUGUAAAUCAAUACGUGAAUCUUGAACUAAGCUCAGUAGCAGAUGGGCAGCCAUUGCAGCUGUUUUAACAAUGGUGUCAAGUAUUCUUAACCAGAAAAGGGAAAAAGUAAUCUGGCUGCUGCAGUCUACAGUAGCUGGAGCUUCCAAAUCAGACUCAAGGAUAUAAAGACUUGAAAACACUUUACUCAAAACAUGGUCAACUUUAUGCUGUUCUUGUAGACUGUACAAGAGUACAGGCCUGUUCUUAAGUUCUUAUGAAACUAAGUACAAUGGUACCUCUGGUCACAAACGCUUCUGGUUACGAAUGCUUCAGGUUAUGAGCUCCUCUAACCCGGAAGUAGCUGCUCCUGGUUGCAAACUUUGCCCCUGGAUGCGAACAGAAAUCGUGCGCCAGAGGCGCCAUUAGUGAAAGCGCACCUCAGGAUAAGAACGGUUUCAGCUUAAGAAUGGACCUUCGGAACGAAUUAAGUUCAUAACCAGAGGUACCACUGUAGACCUUUCAAAAGCAGUUUAUGAUUAGGCAUGGAGCUGGGGUUUACUGCUUCAAGGGAAAAAAAGUCAAAAAUUCCAUUAGCCUUGGCUCCAUAGAAGCUUUUGAAUCGUCAAAGAUACACUGGGGUCUUCACUGCCCUUUCCCUUGCAAGAUAAUGGCUUUGGACAGCAUCCAUGCUCUUGGGCUAAACACAGUACAUGCUCCAAAUUUAUUUAAUAUGUUUGGAAAGGGAAGUGUGCUCACUAAACAGUCACUGUAGGAAAUUAUUACAUUAGCACCUCGGGGAAAAUUUUUUGAACAGCAGGAUAUAUUCUGUUAAAUCUACAAGCAGUAGAACAAUGGUAGCACAGGAAGUCCUUAAAGCUUUGUUUUCCUUGCUAGAGGGCAGAUGAUUUCAGCAGAAGACUGUGAAUUUAUUCAAAGAUUCGAGCAGAAAAGGAGCCCAGAAGAGAAACAAGAAUUGAUUAAAAAUGAAGGCAGCCAGGUAACCCAGCAUCUCUUUGGGGCAAUCUCCUGUUCCAGGAACAGCCAAAGUGUGUGGUUGUUUUGUCUUUGGCAUUCUGGUUUUAAAAGUUUGUCAUCUAUAUUUCUGCUUCUGUGCCAGCUUUCCUCAUAGAUCAUUUGUGAAAAUGUCCUGGUGAAUUAACCGUAUGCCUUCUGCACUUUCUACCAUCGAGUAUGAUGACAAGAAGCAUAAAUAAUGCAAGCCAGAAUUGUAGAGUUGGAAGGGACCCCAAGGGUCAUCUAGUCCAACCCCCUGCAAUGCAGGAAUCUCAACUAAAGCAUCCCAGGCAGAUGGCCAGCCAACCUCUGCUGAAAAACCUCCAAGGAAGGAGAGUCCACAACUUCCUGAGGGAGACCGUUCCAUGGUCAAUUAGCUCAUACUGUUGGAAAGUUUUCCCAAUGUUUAGUCAGAAUCUCCUGUCUUGUAACUUGAAGGCAUUGGUUCGAGUCCUACCCUCCAGAGCAGGAGAAAUCAAGCUUAUUCCCUCUGCCAUAUGAAGCCCUUGAGAUAUAGGAAGAUGGCUAUCAUAUCUCCUCUCAGUCUCCUCAUUUCCAUGCUAAACAUACCGCCUAAACAUACCCAACUGCUUCAACUGUUCCACAUAAACCUUGGUUUCCGGACCCUUGAUCAUCUUGGUUGCCCUCUUCUGCACAUGUUCCAGCUUGUCAACACCCUUCUUAAAUUGUUGUGCCCAGAAUUGGACACAGUAUUCCAGUAUCCCAAGGCAGAAUAAAUUAUGGAAGUUUCACCAGAGUCCAUAGGUUAUGUUAGAAUGCCUUAGACCUCUGUUUGAAUAUGCAGUCCUCCUUUUGAGUAUUUUAUGGGUUCUGCUAUUGCAGUCAGAUUUUUGUGUGCAACUAAUCCAAAAGUGUAGUUUAACUGCUUGCCAUUUGCAUGCUAGUGCAAAUCACACUUGGUGCUUAGAGAAUGUGGCUUAGGGUGCCAUAGAGCACUGGGUUGUAGCUGGAGAAGGAGUGUAAUUACAUAGGACAACAGGAGGCUGCCUUAUACUGAGCUGCAACAUUGGUCCAUCUGGAUCAUUGUUGUCUACGCUGAGUGGCAUCAGCUCUGCAGGGUUUCAGGCAGAGUUUCCCAGCCUUGCCUGGCGAUUUGCCGCCUCCUUUCUUGCAACUCUCUUCUUUCUCUGCUCCACCCCAUACUGUUCCAGAGCGUGCCUUGACUUUGCAGAGCAGCUUUGGGGGAAGUUGGGGCUGCACUGAGAAGGAAACAACUCAAAAACCUUCUUGCACGAGUAUACUGAUACUUGUACAUAUCUGGCUACAGCCAUUGUAAAUAUUAUUUAAAAGUUGCUUGUUAAAGUAUAGGCACACUUUGUAUAAGUACUCCUCUUAAUGCAGUAAUUGUUGUUGGAUAGGGUUGCCAUAUUUUGAAAAGGACCUUCCCGGACAGUGCCUGCCCUCUUCCACGCUUCGGUGGCAUGCAUGUGUCCCUCCAACCCCUCCCCCAAUAAAUACCCCUUCCCCCAAAACCCGGACAUUUCAAAUACAGUGCCAAAUUCUGCCUGGAGGGGGCAUACUGGCCCCCCAAAACAGGACAUGUCUGGGAAAUUCCGGACAUACGACAACCCUAUGUUGGAGCACUUACCCUAUGAAUAUGUCUUCUCCUGUUCAGACUAGGAACAAAAUCAAUCUCCCCCACUCCCAUAUUAGUUAAUUUCGAAAAGUAUAAUGGGCAGUUUUGCACAUUUUUGUUGAAGUUAGUGAGGCUCAGCAUACAUAAAUGUCUUCAUCAUUGCCUCCCCUUUGUGCCUGUUAGAAACCAUAGUAGACCUUAACUUCAGGUGUGGGGAGUUUUUUGUCCUCCUGAUUCUACUGAACUAAAACUCUCAUCAGCCCCAGCAAGCAUGGCCAACGGACAGGGAUUAUGGGAGAUACCAUUUAGCAACAGCUGAAAGGACAAAGGUUAUCACCACCUGCUUUAUUUUAUGGGAUUGUGCCUUGUUCUCUUGAUCUAUGGCCUUGUGUCCGUUGGGCAUGCAUUAAACACAGCAUACCUUUAUAUUCUAGAGGAAACAGUCAAGAACCCAUUGCCAAAUUCUGCUUGGACUGCUGAUUAAAUGAAUGCAGCCAGUGCAAUAGUAGUAGGCUGGGGAGAAGUUUCCCAAUACUUGUGUUUAUUACAGGGAAACAACUUUGGAUUGUUUCAGUGUUCCUCACACAGGCUGUGCUUGCAAAAUUGCCAAAUGAAAAUAAGAAUGAAAACACUUGCGAAUAAUUCUAACUUUCUUUGGAUUACUUCUUUCCUCCCUAGUGCGCUAAAACGUUCAUAAACCUCAUGACUCACAUCUCCAAGGAACAAACGGUUCAGUACAUUUUAACAAUGGUGGAUGAUAUGCUGCAGGUAAGUUAAUUGGUUUUCCCCCAUUUCCAGUGCUUGUUGGUAUGUGGGUAUCUCAUUUCAGUGCAGACAGCUUUCUGCUUGCUUCCCACUUUAAAUUGGUUUGCAAGGCACCAAGUGGCCUUUAGUGAUUUUAGUGGAGCUUGUGUGCUUUAUCUGCUGAAAUGAUCAGUGGUGGCCGAGCAGCAAUGCCUUGUGGAAUAAGCUUUCUGUGAUCAACAUCUGCUAGGUUCUGCCUGCACUCUGUACUUUGUGGAAAGUACCUUUGAUACAGUUAGUAAGAUUGCAUUUACAGCUUGGAACAAGUGUGGCUGAAACCAUUAAUAGAUGAAUCAGUUAACCUUUUUCAAAAAUAAAAAACCCCAACAGAGAUAUGCAUUUAUUUUUAUUAACAUUCCCAACUACAUCCUACAGAACAGCACUUUAUCCAUUACAUACUGCGUAAAUUGUAUAAGAUCAUCGUUAAUCAAAUAUAAUAAUGAGCCCACUUAUCCAUUUUAUCUUGAACAGUCAAAUAUUAGGGGAGUAACUUUUCAUUUUAUUGCUGUUUUAAGUUUGUCUGUUGACACUCUAAGCCUUUUCUUAGGCUGUCCGUAGUUUUUUGUUUAUGAUAUUCAUUAUGUGGAUUAAUAUUUUAAUUCUGUCUAUUUCUUGAAUUCUGUUAGUUGCUUUGAUUGCCUCUGUAAGGAGGGGAGUAGCAGGGUAAUAAAACAUUGUGGUACAUGUGGUCAGGGAAGCUGUGGUUGGUGGUGACGCUAUUAUCACAGGUAUGCUGUAUAUUUGCUGAUGUGUUUCUCCCCUUCAAAGGAAGUAAGAAAAAUACAUUUUGCAUGAAAUAUGCAAAGCAUUUCUCACUGGACGUAUGCAUAACUUGUUUGAUUUCCAUGUACAUGCACAAGCCAGUUCUGUCUGCUUGGCAACAAAUCUUUUAUCGGCCCGAUGACCUUGAUUUUUGAUUUUUUUUAACAAUACAUUUUGUUCUGAAUAGUGCAAAAUUACCUUAAUGUGUUCUAAUAUUUUAGAUUUGUAGCAAUUACAUUUUUAAAAUAAGACAUGCUUAGCACGAAUCAUGGUGAUUAUAGAAGCUCAGGCAGCAUCUCUUAAGUGCACUUACAGGCAGAUCUUGGGCUGCUGUACCAAAUUACUUUUAAAUUAACACAUUGUGCUGAUAUUCUGGGCAAGCAUACCACCUGAAAAGUUUAAGCUGAGAGUGAAAGAAUCAUAAUGAGUCAGAACAGGUAGGGGCCUCAAAUCUCCUUCCAGAAGCAUGAAUCCUCUCCAAAGCAGGGGGAACAAAGAACUGGCUUGCAAAAUCAAACAACGAUCCAUCUAGUCCAACAUCUAGUUUUGUUUGCUUACAACAUUUAAAUACCACGUUUCAACAGAAGUCUGUUCGUGAAGCAGCUUCAACAACAAUGUACAUAUGCAUUGGCAGACAAUGGGUGACUUACAGGGAACUGCUGGAUUUUACAGGGGGAACGACCCCAAAAUGAAAUCAGUUGAAAACUUAAGGAGCCAACUUAUGGGUUAGUUACAAUAUCACGAGAUAUACAACAUGUUUAAAUUAGAUAGAAAGAAUGGAUUUCUGGACCAAAGCUCACAAUUUGAAAAAGACCUCUUACAAAAUAAGAAUAAACUUCUGUCUAAAAUGUAUAGUUUUUUAUUGGAAUGGGAAAGAAAAGAUGAGCUUGUUAAAGCUUCAGUGGCACACUGGGCAAUAGAUAUAGGACACAAUAUAGAUCUUAAUCUCUGGAAGAAACUUUGGGAAAGUGACCUGAAAUUUACUGCAUGUUAUUGAAAGAGAAUUAUUUGAAAAUGUUUCAUAGGUGGUAUUUAACUCUGAGUAGGUUGGCUAAGAUUUAUAAAACAGAAUCAGAUACGUGUUGGAAGUGUAAAGAAGUGGAGGGAACCUUUUUUUCACAUGUGGUGGACAUGUAAAAAGGUAAAAGUAUAUUGGGAAAUGAUUUAUAAUGAAUUGAAAAAAAUGUUUAAAACUACUCCCCACCCCCCAAAAAAUAUGUAUGUGGCCUGUGUUUUGUUAGCCCCAAAAUGGAAAGUGAGCAAGGUCCCAACUAAAGAGCACUGGCAACUUAAGUUGACAGAAUAUGCAGAACUUGCAGAUUUAACACAUAGAAUAAGAGAGCAAGAAGAACAUAUAUUUAAAAAAGAGUGGAAAACAUUUAUUGAAUUUUUGAAAAAUAACUGUAUACAGCUGAGAACGCUGGCAGCACUAAGAUAAAUUCAACAGAGUAAAUAAUUUUUUAUGGAUCUAAAAGUGGAAAACUGAUUUGAGUGGUUAUAGUAAAAUAUGCAGGAAUGUAAAAUGUAAAAUGAACCAUGGACGGAGAAGGAAAGUCAAUGAAUAUUUUAAAGUUUGUAAAAUGCUUAUUUUGAAAUGCAAAAUUGAAAACUUAAUAAAAAUUAUUAUUUAAAAAAUACAAUGUACAUAUGCAAGUGAAAAAAAUCCAUACAGAAUAGAACUAUGUUUAUAUAGAACUAUGUUUCAACUAUGUUUAUAAAAGAAUCUCAGCGGAUCUCCAAGUGCCCCAAGGAUAAAACUGUCUCCGUCUGUUUUCUAACUGUGUUUCCUUUCCAUUUAUGCUUCUUGCAGGAAAAUCACCAACGUGUUAGUAUUUUCUUUGACUAUGCAAAACGAGGCAAGAACACUGCAUGGUCCUAUUUCCUUCCAAUGUUGAAUCGUCAAGAUCUUUUCACUGUGCACAUGGUAAGCUUUCAGCUCAGUCAAAUAGCCUGGGUUUGAGAGGGGACCUUUGGUUGCAAAACUUAGGACAGAUUUAUUAGACCUUCAAUAUCAAUGUCCUGUCAGCACUUUAUAAUUAAGGGUUAUAUAAAUUGUCCAUUAACAACACAACAGCUUUAUUUAAAGUAUGGUAUUUAAGUUUUCCAUGGAAGGAAGGCAUUCCUAGCAGUAUUCCUGCAUUAUCUGACUAUAACAUUUUCAGAGACCAAGCCAGAGUACAAUAUGGAUGUGCUGUAUGACCCAUGAGUGUCACCUUGUUUGAAGUGUUGAUUUAAACAGGCCAGGGUAAAGGACUUAGUUUUACAUGAACAUUAUUAGAUUUAGCUGUAAUGCUCAGCCUCUCUCUUUCCCCAAACCUUUAGAAUGGGACAGUUCAUAAAUAUAAACUAAUGACUAGGUUUUCUUUCUUUUUAAACUGCUAGCCUUUAAUUCUAAUGCCCCUUUUCACGCCUCUCUUUCAUUCUGUUGCUCCUCAGGUUGGCAAGAGGCUCCAAAUGUUUAGCUAAUCAAAAGCCAGCGAUUAAAUACAUUUUAAGACAGCCAUAUAUUAUUAUCAGUAAAGAUCUUGAACCAGCUGGAUUAGUAAAAGAGAUGAUGUGGUAGAGGGGUUAUGCUAUUUGAUUGUCUUCUCACAAGAGUCUAGUGGCUCUUAAAGACUAACAAAUUUACUAUGGCAUAAGUGUUUGUGAACUGUAGCCCUCUUCCUUGGAUGCAACUAAAGUUCUUAGAUUGUAAUGCUCCUGUUUAAAAGGUAUUAAUAUUUAGGAACAUAGAAACUGCCUUAUACAGAGUCAGACUCCUGGUAAAAAGGUAAAGGACCCUUGGAUGGUUAAGUCCAGGCAAAAGCAACUAUGGGGUUGUGGCGCUCAUCUCACUUUCAGGCCAAGGGAGCCAGUGUUUGUCCACAGACAGCUUUCUGGGUCAUGUGGCCAGCAUGACUAAACCGCUUCUGGCGCAACAGAACCGCAUGGCGGAAACCAGAGCACAUGGAAACGCCAUUUACCUUCCCGCUGCAGCAGUACCUAUUUAUCUACUUGCACUGGCAUGCUUUCGAACUGCUAGGUUGGCAGGAGCUGGGAAAGAGCAACGGGAGCUCACCCCUUCGUGAGGAUUUGAACAUCCAACCUUCUGGUCGGCAAGCCCAAGAGGCUCAGUGGUUUAGACCACAGCGCCACCCGCAUCCAUAGCUUAGUACUGUCUUGACACUGACUGCCAGUGGUUCUCUAGUGUUUCAAAAGAGUCUUUCCCAUCUCUGCUUUGAGAUGUAGGAAGUUGAACACAGGACCUUCUACAUGCAAGGUGUAUGUGCUACCGCUGAACAAUGGCUCCUCUGCUGUAUCCAUUGAUGAUGUUAUUGCAAAAUCUAUGAUAAUAUGUGUCUGAGUUUAUGUUUUCUGCACUUUCUUUCAGGCAGCCAGAAUUAUUGCCAAGCUAGCAGCUUGGGGAAGAGAACUGAUGGAAGGCAGCGAUUUAAAUUAUUAUUUCAAUUGGAUAAAGACCCAGCUUAGUUCGCAGGUAAUUAUAUUAUAGUCUAGUGCAGCUCCCCUUGGCCAACAGCUGGGGAUGAUGAUAGUUGUACGGCAAAACACUUGGAGGUCACCAGGUUGGGAUCUGGUGAUAUUGCAGUGCUUAUAAACAGGUAUAUUUGGCAGAUCUACAAUUCAACUACUUGUAUUUAAUCAUGAUUUUAGCUCAUGCUCCACAACAAACUUCUCCUGUGCAAGCCCCAAUGAGCCCUUAAAUUCAAAUCAGUAAAUGCAUUUAAAUCUGAAUAAUGUCCUUCAGCUGAUUUUUGUGAGUAGUAGUGUGUGUAGCUGCAGUGGGGAAUUGUACAUACUAAGUUAUUGGAACUUUUUCCUACAGUGUGUAUUACAGUGGCCAGGUUCUUGGGGCAGGAUAUAUUUUGGCUGCUUUGUGUGGUACCAGGUAUAUAUUGACAGAGCUAAAUUCCCUAUUACUUAAAAUGUACAUCUUAUUGAAACACUCGGCCAAUUAAGCAUUUUUCAAGUUCAUUAAUGUAAGAGGAUUAAAUACUUCAAGUGUGCAGAAUAUCUAAAUGUACUGAAGCGUAGCAAUGUACAGAAAAUGUUAAUUACUUGGCUUGAAAUGUUGGUACUUUGUGGCUAUGCUCUGAGUCAAAUGUGGGAAGUGCUGAAAGAGAAUAAAGUAUUUCCCCUUUUGGAUAGUGGGAGCAAAUGUGCCAUGACCAACCAUUUGGAAGCAGAAUAGGAGUCACCCCAGAUGUGUGACUAACUGCCACCCUUGUGAGCAAUAUUUAGGGGAUGGUCGGAAAUUUAUUUCCAAUUCAGUCACACGUAGGAUAAUAAAUAUAUGUAUAUAUCUCUCUCAUUAGGCUAUAUGUUUAGAUUUGUACAUAAGGGCUGUCUUGUUGUGAAUCUUUAAAUGUAACUUUCUCCUUUCCAUGCUAGAAACUACGCAGCAGUGGUAGUGCUAAUGAUCCUGGAACAGAUGUAAGUAUCUCUGCAUAACUUGUUAAUCUUUCUCUUGAUACAGUGGGCUAGAAACACUCAAAUUAGUGGGAGAUGUUGGCCCCGACUACCAUGUCCCGUUGAUUUCAAAGGAACUAAAGCAUGACUAACUUAAACUGCAGUCCUAACUCCAUAUAUCUCAGAGUGUGCCCCGUGGACUUCAUAGGACUUACUUCUGCGUAGACAUCGUUAGGAUUGCACUGUUUGUCUGGAUCCAGCCCAGAGUAUUGUUUCUUGUGGGACACUGAUGCUAGGAAGGCCCGUGCAGUAACCGGGAUUGAAAUGUAUUUUCCAAAUAUAUUGAUGUAGAAGAUUUGUACUCUCAAGGCAGUCUACAAACUAUGGGUGAUACCCAUAAACUCAGAGUUCACUGGGAUGUGCACACCAACCCACAAUUCAACAGCCCUUAGUUUUCUGGCUAAUGGAUGGGCCAGACCAUGCACCUCUUUGGCUCUACAGUCCUAGGGCAGCUGGCACUUGGAGCAGAAUGUUUUCUGGGAGGGAAAGAUUCAUGCAGCUGUUCUAUCUCUGACCAAUAGAUUGGUCUUCCCCAUGCUGUGAUGUUCUUCCUGGGAGGCUGGGCAAUAGGCUUUAGCUUCCCAAGGUCCUUUGACUCUCUGGCCAGUAAAGCAAUAGAGACUUUGAAUAAUAUAUCAAAUCCAACUAGCUUCUGAGUUUGAGGUUUCUUCCCAGGAUCUCUUUGUCUUGUAAAUCUCUGCAGCCAGCUCCUCGAUCAUUUACGGCUGGGAUGAGGAGCUUGUGGUCCUCCCAGAUGUUGCUGGAUUCCAACUUCAUCAACCCCAGUCAGUUGUGAUUUAUAAUCCAGCAACAUCUGGAGGGCCAGAUGUUUAUGGCAUGAUUGUUUUCAGGGUGAUCCUAAGCAUGUGGCACUGUCAGAUCCCACAGGAAUAUUAUCCAUCUUUGCACUUUUGGACAAUCACUACGAUAUGAUGGCAUUGAAAUGGGUGAAACUAUACGUGCAGUAAUAUUUUAUCCUUUAUGAAGAUCUUAUUUGUUUAGCUUAUAUUUUGAUAAGAGAGCAGUCCCACAGUUGUGGGGUGGUUGUUUUUAAAGUAAUGAAACCAGGCAUAGGUUUGGCUCACUCUCUGGGUAUCUGUACUGUAAAACUGCAAACUGUGAUCCCCAGCCUCGUCCAACCUGUUUAGCCUUCGCAGGUUACUAUUCUGUUGUUGAUGAUAUUGCAGGAAGUUUUUGUGAGAUUUGAUCUGGAGAAGACAGUUCUGUAGUUAACAAAUAAAAAUAAAACAGGUGUUUCUUAUCCGUUGGCACAGUAAAUUUGGAGGGGAAAUAGAGCUCUGCAGAGAACAUUGUUGUGCUAAAAAUUACUCUCUCCAUUUCCUUCUGUGAAUACUUGUUAGGUACGUUAAUAUUAUAAUGCUCCUGGAUUAGCAGUCCAUUAAGCUGCAGAUGCUUCAGAAAGCAAUUGUGAAAUGUCAUUUAUCUCAAAAGCUGUACUGCUCAGUAUUGCCACUUGAUGUCUCUAAGAAAUAAAAACAUUCCCAACAAUUCAGGCUAUACCAAAUGUUCUUGGAAUCAGAAAUGUAAUCAGGUGUAAUAUUUAUUGUCAUUAGGGACUCAUGUAAUAGCGGAGCAGUUAUCCUGAGGCACAGGGUUGAAGGGAGGGAAUAACUGAAUGUUUAAAACAAUAGUACUCAGCUUCCAAAAUGGGUAAAAGGAAGCUGAUUUUAACUCAAUUUCCUGUUCAACUUAUUUAAAUGAAUACUGAGUCAACUUAAGUCUUUCUUUGACAGUUGACAAUCUGAGGGGUUUUGGAGUUGAUGUGCACAUCAAAUGACCAGGCAACUCUACGAAACUCACAGGGUGACCUUGGGCUAGGGACUGCCUCUCAGCCUGGCCUACUUCAUAAGGUUGUUUUGGGGAUUAAAUGAGGAGAGGGAGAACAAUGUAUGCCACUUUGAGCUCCUUGGAGAAAAAGCUGGGAUAUAAAUGCAAUAAAUAAUCAACUCUGCAUUCCUUCAGUUUAGCUUGAGGUUUUAUUUCAUAGAAGCAGUUUAUGGAGACUAACCUGAGAUAAAUGGGCAGCUCUGGAGAUGUAUUAAAAACACAAUUUCUGCUGCACUUAAUUUGCAUAUGGUUGGAUGUAAUUAAACAUAAUUUAUUUUUUUCAUAAAUGUGGCACCUGCAGUACUAUACUAUGUGUUGAAGGGUUUGGGGAAAAGGUUGGUGAACUCUCAGUUAUGGAUUAGCUUGAAAAUCCUUGAUUUAUUUGUUUAAAAUGUAUUUUCUGCCUUCCAUAAGGAUCCUAAGGGUCUGGUUUAUAGGAAAAUAAAUAAAAACAAAUGCAAGGAGGAUCAAAAAAUCUGAAAAGGUUACUCACUUUUAUUUUUUUAGUGAUGGCAGCUUUCUUAGAUGUUCCAGCUUUUUGCUAAAAAACCCCCAAAAAACCUGUUUACAAGGCUUGCUGCCCUGCCAAGCCAAGGCAUGUUCCUGAGACAGUUCUAUCCAGAACAGCUGAGCAAGACAAAGGGAAUGCUUUGAAAUUUUCACUACUUCCAUAGUGGUCCAGGUGUCUUAGGAUUUGUGUGCUUGGGAAUCAUGAACGGAAAAGCAUGGAAGGUUGGACUCCUUAUGCUAGUCUGAUGUGCCACCAAAGAGUUUUAAGUGUUACCUGAAGGCAGCCCUGUAUUGGGAAGUUUUUAAUAUUGACAGUCUUCUAGUUAUGGGGAAAAGUAAGGGGGCUAUAUCUGGUUGGAGCUUUUGAUCCUAUUUCCACAUGUGUUUUGUAUAGAUAUUAAAGAAUGGUGAGAACACUACCAGUGAUUUUGAUUUUCUGCUAUUUGCUGAUGCAAUACAGGAAGGAUGGUGGUUUCAGUGAUUUGGGCUUAUUUAUGACUUUGCUUAGGGGACGCGGGUGGCGCUGUGGUCUAAACCACAGAGCCUCUUGGGGUUGCCGAUCAGAAGGUCAGCGGUUUGAAUCCCCACAACGUGGUGAGCUCCUGUUGCUCGGUCCCUGCUCCUGCCAACCUAGCAGUUCGAAAGCACGUCAAGGUGCAAGUAGAUAAAUAGGUACCGCUCCAGCGGGAAGGUAAACGGUGUUUCCGUGCGCUGCUCUGGGUUGCCAGAAGAGGCUUAGUCAUGCUGGCUACAUGACCCGGAAGGUGUACGCCAGCUCCCUCAGCCAAUAAAGCGAGAUGAGCCAGUAAAGCCAGUAAAGCAACCCCAGAGUCGUCCACGACUGGAUCUAACAGUCAGGGGUCCCUUUACCUUUACCUUUAUAACUUUGCUUUAAAUAGGAGCAUUUUUUGAGGUGUAAAGAAAAUUGAACCCUGUUGGUCUUAUUCAUGUGCAUUUUCAAACUUGGAAUCUAAGUGUAGAGAAAAUAAUAAUAAUAAUAAUAAUAAUAAUAAUAAUAAUAAUAAUAAAUGUAUUAUUUAUACCCUGACCAUCUGGCUGGGCUUCCCCAGCCACUCUGGGUGGCUUCCAACAAGAUAUUAAAAUACAGUAAUCCAUCAAACAUUAAAAGCUUCUCUAAACAAGGCUGCCUUCAGAUGUCUUCUAAAAGUCUUGUUCUCUUUGACAUCUUUGACAUCUGGUGGGAGGGAGUUCCACAGGGUGGGUGCCACUACCAAGAAGGCCCUCUUACUGGUUCCCUGUAACUUGGCUUCUCACAGUGAGGGAACUGCUAGAAGACCCUCGGCGCUGGACCUCGGUGUCCAGGUAGAACAAUGGGGGUGUAGAUGCUCCUUCAGGUAUACAGAAAAGCAUGUAUCCUUUACAUUGAGAUAAUGUAUCUUCUUCUUUUUAAUAAGUUUUUUAUUAAUGUUUUUCACAAUGCAGUAAGAUUAUUAGAGAUAACAUCGUGUUUACAUAGGUUAGGAAGCAGUUCUUCAGCUUCCCAGCUACUGUAUUCAUAGCAAAAUAAACAUUGAUUACUGUACAUUGUGUGUAUUCUUUUUCUCUGAAAAUGUCAUGGCUGCUCGCUGCAAGUUCAGGGACGACUUUGAAAAGAGAGUAGGAGUUUGUGAGUUGUGCUGUAAAACAAUGCAGUUCUGUAACUGCUUUGAUGCAGUUUGACAACGCAGUUGAAGCCUUACAAAUUUGCCCCGGGUUCCAUAGUUGGUUGGAUACAAGUUUGGAAUAGAGACAAUGCUUUCAAAUGAACACAUAAUCUAUUGAAUUACAGGUCCUUGGAUUCCUGUUGUUAUUGUUUUAUAUAAUGUUGUUGGAGUAACCUGACAGUGAACUGCAUUCAGUAGUAGCUUGGGCUAAUGUUUAUUUGUUUCUCUUCCAUUUCAUUUAUAUUCUUUGAAAUGUUGUUACUCAGAAAUUGUUCUGAAAAGCCUGACUUUGCUCUGUGUCAUAGAUGGGCAACCUCUUUUUUUCUAUCAUGGGCUGCAUUGCCAGGGAUCUGUCAGGGAUCCCAGGCCAGUUGGGGUGGAGCAAAAGCUGAUGUUGGGUGAAGCGAUGGAUUUAACUCAUCUGGAAUGAAUGCUGCCCUGCUUCAGUUUCCCCUGUGGCUGCCUCUGAUUAGAAUUCUCAAGAAGGCAAACUCGGAAGUAAGCCCCACUGGGGUCAGUGCAAUUAUUCUUAAUUAAGUAUAUAGAAGGGAUUCUGUUAGCACAACUGACCAAUAGAGCUAUGUUUCUAGAAAGCAAGUGAAGGUACUUUCUUUUGGUCUUGGGGGAAGGGGUAGCCACUGUGGUGCUCUCUAGAUGCUGCUGGCCUACAACUCCCAUCAGCCACAGACAGUGUGGUCAAUGAUCAGGGGUGAUAGGAAUUGUAGUUCACCAACAUCUGUAGAACAACAGGUUGUGAGUGCUACAUACAGUGGUGCCUUGGUUCUCAAACUUAAACCGUUCCGGAAGUCCGUUCCAAAACCAAAAUGUUCCAAAACAAAGGCACACUUUUCCAUAGAAAGUAAUGCAAAGUGGAUUAAUCUGUUCCAGACUUUUAAAAACAACUCCUAAAACAGCAGUUUAACAUGAAUUUUACUAUCUAACGAGACCAUUGAUCCAUAAAAUGAAAGCAGUAAUCAAUGUACUGUAGUCACACAAUCAAUCAAUCAAUCAGCAGCUGCACUGGGUUCCACACAGUCACAAAAACAAUAGAGCCACAAAAACAAAAUAAAUAGCAAAAAGCGACAAACUUCAGCAUAACACUCAAAACGGAAGUGUGGCACUCAAAACGGAGCAUGUUAAAGUUUUAAGUUAAAUAAAACUAAAACUAAAAUGAUGGUAAAGAACAUGGGGGAAGACCUAAGGAGGCAAUUAGAACUCCAAUCAGGAAUUAAAGAAGUAAAAAAGGUAAAAUACCUAGGAGUGUGGCUUACAAUGAAAAACAUAAAUUUAAUGGCUGAUAACUACAUUAAUACCUGGAAGGAUAUCCAAAAGGAACUAGACAUCUGGAACAGGAUCAAACUCUCCUGGUCAGGUAGAAUGGCAGCAAUCAAGAUGUGCAUACUGCCGAAAUUAUUAUUCCUAUUCCAAAACGUUCCGGUGAUUAGAGGAAGUGCUGUAUUCCAAAACUGGCAAAAAAUCCUCUCUAAAUUUAUAUGGCAAGGUAAAAGACCGAGAAUUAGAUUUAAAUUGUUAACGGAUAAAAAAGACAGGGGAGGAUUCUCGGUCCCAAAUCUGAGACUGUACUAUGAAGCCUCGUGCCUUUGCUGGCUUAGAGAAUGGAUUAUUUUGAAAAAUACAGACCUGCUAGACCUAGAAGGAUUUGACUUAAGAUUUGGUUGGCAUGCUUAUCUCUGGCAGAAUAAGGAAAAGGUGCAUAAAGGCUUCUCGAACCAUAUUAUCAGAGGAACAUUGUUAGAAACAUGGGAAAAGAACAAGAAACUGUUGGGGGAAAAAAAACCCUGGUGGCUAUCGCCUAUAGAUACGUUAACUAUUAAAAAAACAAAUAUAGAAGGUGAGAGAUGGACUUAUGAAGACCUCCUAGAAAGAUCAGAAAGAGGAUGGAAAAUUAGACCAUAUGAAGAGUUAAAAAGUAAAUUAUCAGGUUGGCUGCAGUACCAUCAAAUCAAUGCCCUAUGGAAGGAAGAUUAAAAGAUCGGAAUGAACAAAAAAAAAUCCAAGUUCCAGGUAGAAAUAAUAGAAGGUAAAACUAAACUGCUAUCUAAAAUGUACAAUCAGCUAUUAGAAUGGGACACCAAGGAUGAGGAGGUUAAGGAUGUCAUGACAAAAUGGGCUAUAGACCUCAGAUACAAUUUGGAUUUCAACAAAUGGACGAGGCUGUGGACUAAAGGAAUGAAAUUUACAGCUUGCACCACCCUCAGAGAAAAUAUGGAAAAGAUGAUGUACCAUUGGUACAUCACCCCUGUGAAACUGCAAAAAAUGUAUAAGACCGGCGAUAAUAGGUGUUGGAAGUGUAAAACCAAAGAAGGAAGUUUCUUCCACAUGUGGUGGAAGUGUGAAGAAAUCAAAAAAAUUUGGGAAUCAAUAUAUAAUGAACUGAAAAAAAAAUUUAAAUACACUUUCGUUAAAAAACCCGAAGCUUUUCUUCUGGGAAUGAUCGGAGACGAGAUUAAAAAAGAGGAUCAUAUAAUGUUUCAAUACGCAACCGUAGCUGCCAGGAUCUUGUUAGCAAAAAAUUGGAAAACCCCAAAUAUCCCGACUGUUAAAGAUUGGCAAAUUAAAUUAUUUGAAUAUAUGGAUUUGGCAAGAAUGACACAGAAUAUCAGACAGCAAAAAGGUACAAAGUUUAUUGAUGACUGGAAUAAAUUUAUAAUGUACAUGGAAUCAAAUUCUAGAGAUAUAAAAAUCACAGUAGGUUUAAUAUAAUCCUUGCGAUGUUUAGAUGAUAUAAAAUGAAAACUGCAGAACAGAAUUACUACUUUACAUAAUCCAAAAUCAAGAUGGAGGGAAGUCAACUUUUAUUUGUGUUAACUGAUGUUUGUCUUCUGGUUUGUUUAUAUUUUCUGUUUUGGUUGAUGUCUUUCUUUUUUCUUCUCAUUGGUGUGUUCGGUUUGUUUUUCUUUUUCUUUUUUCUGUUGUUGUUUGGCUUAGAAAAUUAAUAAAAAGAAAUAAAACAAAAAACAAAAAACGGAGCAUGUUUGGCUUCCCAAAAAAGUUCGCAAACCGGACACUUACUUCCGGGUUUGCAGUGUUUGAGUUCCAAGUUGUUUGAGUACCAAGGCAUUUGAGAACCAUGGUACCACAGUACAAGCAUGCACAAACACAACAGAAGCCUACCAAAUUGUUCUCAAACAGCUGAUUGGGGAAAAGCCACACAACCAAAAAUAUAUAUAACAAAUAAUUAUCCAAGAAAAUAAUUGCCACUUACAGGGUAUAGUUGUUCUGAAACUAUGUAGGAAGAGGUGGGAAACUUUUUUAAAAGCUAGGGAAAAUAAGGAGGGAAUUUUAAAAGGAAGAAAGGAACUCUGAAGGAAUUGAAGAAUAGGGGAACGUUAGGAGGACACUGGUUCCCUAUGUACUGAACAUCUGCUGUAUUUUUCAUUAAGCAUCUAAUAAAAGACUUACUUGGGAGCAGAGGGGAAAUCUGGAAAUUAGGCGGAAUAUGUUAACAAUAACAUUAUGCUCUUGUUCAGUGUUGGCUAGGUUUUUGCUGUUGAAGUGUGGGUUCUCACAGCCUACCUAAGUGAGAGCCCUGGUAAAUAAACUGAUUAUUGACUUGAUAAUUUGAAUUUGAUUCUGUCUAAGGACACUGUGGCAUGAAUGUUGUUAGCCUUAGUGACUAAACACAACUUUGGAAUAACAAUAGGCACUGAUGGCAGUGGGCUGGCUUUUGUUAAAGUAAAAGAAACAGUGAUAAUUGGAGACUUCUCAGUUGUUCUCACACUUACCUAUCUUCAGUGCAACAACAGGAUAUAUGUAUUUUUUGUAAUGGUGUAUUCUUCUUUCAUGUAGAGUUCGCAAUAUGUCCAGUGUGUCGCCGGGUGCUUGCAGUUGAUGCUCAGGGUCAAUGAAUAUCGUUUUGCAUGGGUCGAAUCAGAUGGAGUUAGCUGGUGAGUAUUUGUUGUACAGAAAAAGAUGAGCUUCUAGUAUACCCAUGAUGAAAGUGUUUUCCUACUGAUUUAUGCAUUCUGUUGAGCUGUUAAAAGAGUCCUUAGGAUAAGUUUGCAAAUCUAAAAGUGUUGUACAGUCGUACCUUGGAUCCCAAAUGCCUUGGCUCCUGAGCAAAUCGGAUCCCGAACGAAAAACCCCCGAAGUGAGUGUUCUGGUUUUCAAAUGAUUUUUGGAAGCUGAGCAUCUGGCAUGGCUUCCGCAGCUUAUGAUUGGCUGCAGGACGAUCCUGCAGCCAAUUGGAAGCCGUGCUUUGGUUUCCGAACAUUUCGGAUGUCGAAUGGACUCCUGCAACGGAUUCCAAUCGGCUUCCAUGGUAUGAUUGUAGUCCUAUCUCAUAGAUAAUUCUGGGUAUUGUUCUGUGAGUGCACUGGAUUCUUUAACAAAAUUCUGUUUACUUUCCAAAUAAGUCCCUUGAUGAGAGUCCAUGAUAUUUUUAAAGAACAUUUUGUUUGUGCAGUACAUAUAACUUCAGUUGCUGCAAUCGUGUAUGUAGUAUGGACUUCUGUAACUUUGCUCAAGAAUACAUGUAGAUGUUUAGGAGAGAUGGAUAAUAUAGCUGGGCUUCUGAAAAGCCUUUGACACAGUCCGUAACCAUAGCUACUGAGUAAAUUUAGCAGUCAUGUGAUAGAAAGGCUGAUUCUAUUCUGAGAGACAAGGAAAAUCUGUGGCUCUUGGGAAGUUGUUGAAUUCCAAUUCCUCAGCCAGCAUGGCUAGUGGUUUGGGAUGGUGGCCGUAUGGAGGGCGAAAUGUUAGCAAACACUGUUCCAAAAGUUCCCUUAACUAUGCUCAGAAAUGCAGUGGUAAAUUUUGAAGCUUUAUCACAGCAGCCCAUAUACAGGCCGAAAGGAAAGUUCAAAAAUGCUGGCAGCAUAAUUUGUAGUUUUAUUAGGGCUAGCAUGACUAUAAUUUCAUUGUUUCGUGGUAGCAAGCACCAUUAUAUACAUCGGUGUAUAUAGGUUCAUAUUUCAAACACAUUCAGCUUUAACAAAAGAUUUUAAGCCAUUUAAAAUGUAACCUUUAGUUUUCACUUAGAAAUGCAAACCAUCUUGUAAAGAAUUGUUACCAUUUGAACUCCUGUUGUGAAGUAGGAACUUCAUCAAAGAAAAGGAAGGCAAUACCAGCCUCUGCUUGAUUAUUUCUCUCAUUUUGAGACUUCCUCUGUAUUCUGAUUUGUCACAAAACAACAGCAGCAGCAGCAGCAGCAGCAGCAGCAGCAGCAACAACAACAACAGUGAAACCCUACAAUCUCAGUAUUGCCUUAUUCAUUUGCUGGAGCAAGGAGGGACCAUCAGAUACCCUGUUGUUCCAGCAGAUGAUUUCACCUCUGCUGUGAAUAAAGUAACUGAGCUUUGCUCCCUUGCUCCCUCCUCUACUCUACCCUACCCUACCCUACCCCUGGCAGACUAAAUUGCAUUCUGUUGUUUGGCUGUUUAGUGUUUGCUAAUUUGUUUAGUGUCUCUCUAAUUUGUAUGGAAAUAUAUUUGUGAAAGGCUUUUCUUUGACAAAUUCAAUGUGUCUGGAAGUGAAGAGUUUACAUUCUGAAUUAUAGGAUAGUGAGCAGCUGCCUAAUGGUAUGUUUCUUAUGCUUUCCCCCUGCUCUCUAGUAUCAUGGGAGUAUUGAGUAACAAAUGCGGUUUCCAGCUUCAGUAUCAGAUGAUUUUCUCUAUCUGGCUGCUGGCAUUCAGUCCUCAAAUGUGUGAAUAUUUGCGGCGUUAUAAUAUUGUCCCAGUCCUGUCUGACAUCCUUCAGGAGUCUGUAAAAGAGAAAGUCACUAGGAUCAUUCUUGCAGCAUUUCGGGUGAGUGAAGUAUGUAGACAACAAAUUCUUUAUACUGGGGUGGGGGGCUUUAGGUCUUGGGGCCAAAUGCAGCCCUCUGGGCCUCUGUGGCUCUCUGGACAUUCCUCAGGCCACAUUUUCCACUGGCACUGCCUCACACCCUCCAUGACUGUUUUUGCCUGACAAAAGUAUGCUCUUGAAGACUGAGAAUGCCUUCUGCUUUCCUAGAUAUAAGAGGUGUGUAUACAGAAACUAGCUAUUGUGCAAAGGUAAACAUUUACAUUCAGCGAUCCAUCCACAUGAAACUAGGGUGAUGUCUGAACACUCCUCAGUAUGCUAUGUCAUCUUCCUGAUACAGAACUGUAAAGAAUGCUAGCAGGAUGUGGCAGGAAAUGACAGUAGGGUCAGUCAAAAUAUAGAGGGAGUGCCAAUUCACAGAGAAUCCCAUCAGUACCUUUUUAAUUAAUGGCUAUCAGGGUCUGACACCGUUUUGUUUGGUUUUUCUUUCCAGAAUCUUCUAGAAAAGUCUACUGAAAGAGAAACUCGCCAGGAGUAUGCUCUUGCCAUGAUCCAGUGCAAAGUUCUGAAGCAGCUGGAGAACUUGGAACAACAGAAAUAUGACGAUGAAGACAUAAGUGAGGAUAUAAAGUUUCUGUUGGACAAACUUGGGGAGAGUGUGCAGGACCUCAGGUAAAUUUUGUCUUCAGUGUCUAAUGUUAAAAUUGAUACAAGGAGGGUCCUCCUUGGGGUAUAGGCUCCCCACUGAAGCACCUGUCAAGAUCAAAUAGAGGCCUAGUUAUUAGAAUGAUAGCUUGUCUAGUGAUUGUUUUCUGCAAUGCUGUAGAUUCCAAAGACCAUAUGAAAGAAAUAACUGUAAGACCAAGCAGGCUUUUCUUUUUUUAAAACCAACUUCACAUGAUUUGUACCUUGGGAUGGUAUCAGAUUCAAGUAACCAUAAAACUACAAAAUAGUUAUCAUUUGUCAUUACCAUAAAUAGGCUUUAUUUACACCUCAUUUGGGAGUACCUCAUCAUCUUAUAUAAAAUCAAAAUAAAGUACCAAAACAGAGUGCUUUAAGUGCAGAAGGAGUUGUGUUUUUAAAAAAUCAACAGACAUGGCAUGUAAUUAAUAAUAAUAAAAAUUAAUGGAAAUCAGAAUUGCUAUGCCUUCAAAAAUAAAAGAAAAUGGCUCUGUGGUUUUAUAUUUGGCUAAGCACCAAACUGUUGUUGUCCUAGGUUAUUAGAAAAUGACCAUGCACAUACGUAGUUAAAAGAUUCUAACGGCUAGAUUCCCAUUUUCCAAAGCUGGUUGUGUGACCUGGGAGAGAAGCACAUGUUAAUCUGAGUAAGGAAUGUUUUCCCUAUUAUGGCAACUUCCUAGAAGCAAACUCCAAAUUGGAUCUGAAUGUCCUAGGCUACAAUCCUAUCCUUGUAAUGCAAAACUGUCAGCAGCGGAGAAAAAUCUGGAAAAAUUGACUCCUUUAGCUUCAGUCUGGCCAAAUUAGAAUUCAUGGUAAAUAGGCCACGUUCAUCCCAAUGAAAAUAUGCUGCCAUUUGUAAAUUGUACUUCUAUAUUUAUAAGUGUUCAUACUUAUGCUUGUAAGUGCCACUUACAAUUUUUGUAAAAUGCUGUACAAAGAAUCCUAAGUGCAGUGGGAGGUUUGGAUGUGCUGUUUGCUUUCAUAUAUUGUCCUUGUGCAUCAGAUUUAUUCCUCAUUCUCAUAUGUUCGGUUUAUUUUGCAGUUCGUUUGAUGAAUAUAGUUCUGAGCUUAAGUCGGGGAGACUAGAGUGGAGCCCUGUUCACAAAUCUGAGAAAUUUUGGCGAGAGAAUGCUGUGAGAUUAAAUGAAAAGAAUUAUGAACUGUUGAAGUAAGUUCUUCUGAUAUAUCCCUGCUUCAGUUGAAUUGUUGUGUUGCUCAGAGUAACCAAAGUUUCAUUUAGGGUAUCUGCAUAAGGUAGAGGGACUAUAAUACCAUUUUCAAUAAAAGGUUCCCGUCUUAGAAAAUGUCUCAAGUGAGCACAGUGAGAGAGAGAGAAAAACUUUGUUGCUUUGUAUGGUAUGGAAACUAAAUUGGGAGCCUUAGCUCAGAGGGCUGUAUACAGGUCCCAUUAAUUCAAGGACUUAUUCCUGCACAACAGGACUUCCACUGCUUCUUCCUGCAGCACCCCCAAUCUGUUCUUGGUGUUCUGCCAGCCCUCUGGAGGAGAUUUCUUUUGUGGAGCAUGAAGGAAAGGAAGUUCUGUUGCACAGGUGGAAGUCCUUCUGCUAAUGACACAAUUUCAUAGGACACAAUCUACUGUUUUCUUUUUGGAGCGCAGGUGAAUUUGUAAGAGCAUUGGCUUGCUUCUUAAAUGAAAUGUGGCUUGAUUCUAGAACAGCAAAUGUAUGGUUUUGAUAUAUUUAGACACUUCCUUAAGAUUGCUGGAAACUAUUAAAGAUGGGGUUUGCAGCUAAUGGCUGUGAUAUGAUGUCCCUCUCCCCCCAAAAAGAGUUUUUCCCCCAUCAGUAUCCUUAUCACUGCUGUAGCAUCCAAAUGUAGCAUAAAUAUCUGUUCAUAGUAGUGUCAUACUUGCCUGUUCAGGAAUAUGCAUUAUUCAUUCCAAAUGAGAUAAUCAGUCAAGUGUCUGUGCUGUGAUGUCUUGGCUUCGAUGCUUCAGCUGUCUCUAGAGAUGCCUUGCAGAUCAAAAGGCUUAGCUGAGCAUGAAGCAAAGUGGUAAUUAUCAGCAACACUGGUUUUGUCUUCAUUGAGAGUUGAGCUAACUUAUAGCUUAUUAAGUAUAUUAUUGGUUUCUUUAGUUUAUCGUUCAGUGUACAAAUCCUGAAAAGAUAUCUGUGAAAUGAGUACAGUUUCCUCUCCCCACAAAGGCUUAUUUGAAUUUUUGCAUGGCAGAUUAAUAAGAUUAGAAUUUACCAGAGAAUGUAUUAAGAAUUUACAGCUGAACACAUUUGCUAAAUAUGUGUUGGACAUUCAUUACCUAGAUGAUUUGGGAUAGCAUUCAACUAAGUCAUACUUGGAACCGACUGACUGAAAUCAGUGAUGUUAAGUUAGUCGUGACCAAGUCUAUUGAUUUCACUGGGGUGGAAUCUACACGCAUGUUAAAAACAUUGUGAAUAUGCUUUUUAAAAAAUCAUUUUGAAAAAUGCAUUGAAUUUGCUAUCGCUCACAGUCUCCAUUUAGUGUCACAAUUGUAUACUGCACUUUACAACACAUUCAAAACAUUUUAUUUGCAGCGAGAUGACCGCCGCAACCCCAGAGUCGUCCGCGACUGGACUUAACGCUCAGGGGUCCCUUUACCUUUACCUUUUUAGCUGAGUCCUAGGUGUACCCUGAGUGUGAUUUUGAAAUAUCUCUCAAAAUAUUUGUGUGAAUCUAGAAAAGUUUUCUAGUACUGAAGUAACAUGGCAGAGGUUUAUUGAGUUUUAUCAAUUUUUUGUAUGCUAUAUUUUGUACACUCCAUAGUGAAUAAGGAUCUUGUAUAUUUGCAAUCCUAUUGUAGAAUCUUGACAAAGCUUCUGGAGGUAUCAGAUGAUCCUCAAGUCUUGGCUGUAGCUGCUCAUGAUGUGGGAGAAUAUGUCCGACACUAUCCUCGAGGAAAACGGUGUGGAAGGCUUUUUCUUAUCUUUGCUUAGCACCGGAUUUAAUAUAAGGGCCAUUUCUUAUUACACAAGGAACAGUUAGUGUAACCUUCUGUUAGACCUUACUAUAAAGUAUCAGUGGAUGGUUUAAUUUGAUUUUAUAUUUAUGCAUGUGAGAUGCUUUCAGUAACAUUUUUAUAUGACUAUUUGAAUUUUAUUAAGUAUUGCAAUUUCUAGUGAAUGAUGUCAUGUAAACUUUUUGAUGAUAUGAGCUGCUUUGAUCAUAGUUCACAAUGGAAAAUGGCAUACAAAUCAGUUGAGCUAAAAUGGACUGAGAUGUUUGUGCUGAAGAAGCACCCACAUUUGCUUUCCAAACUAAUCUUACUUCACCAAACCUUUAUUAGGCAUUACAAGUAUAGUCCAUCAUAAAACAUCCAUAUAUAAAAUUUUAAAAUAUACAGAUAAACAGUCACGUAAAAUAUUUAAUGACGAGGAUUUUCAUUGGGAUUUCUUCCCACUGAAUAGUGCCAUUCACCACUCUAAGAGAGACUAUUGACAAAAAACUCAGCCACCCUUGCAGUUACUUCUGGGUUAAUGUCAGACAGAUAGUCUGAUAUUUUCAUUGUGUCGUGAUGUUAGAUGACCCAAAAAAGGGACUAACAAGCCUUAUUAGCUCGUUAUGCAAUGGACAGUAGAAAAGGAUAUGUUCUACAGUGUCCGGCACAUUCAAAUAUCAUCUGCAAUGUCUAUCAUUUUGGGGAUGUUUAAAUAUCUGCCCUUGACAAAAGCUGAGGGGAAAACGUUCAAUUGGAUUAGCAUUAGCGUUAGGCUGGAAUUAUUUAUUUUGAGACCCUGUUACCGGUUGUAUUUAAACCAUAGAACUUUGGGGAGCAAAUUUUAUGUACAGCUGACUCGAUGUUUUGUUUUUCCAAACUAAUCCAUGUGCCUUAUUAAGCUUUCGAUUAGGAAGUUUUAAGACAGCAUAUUGAAGCUAGUUGAGGGGAAUUCAGUUGAAGUAGUAGACAGUGGUGGGGAAUCUUUACUGACAGGCAGUCAGGAUUCUAACCUCCCCCACCUCAUACAUGGGUCUGCUGGAAAUUUGUGGUGUUGGUACUGUAAAGUAACUUAAAAUGGUGUGAGGUUGGCGGCUGCUAGUAAUCAGAAGCGGAAGGAAACUUGAAAACACACAACACCCACCCACCCCUGACCACUACCUCUCUCUUACCCAUGCUCUCUUCUCUUCUUGUAGUGUGAUUGAGCAACUUGGUGGAAAACAGCUUGUAAUGAACCACAUGCACCAUGAAGACCAACAGGUUCGCUAUAAUGCCUUGCUUGCUGUGCAGAAGUUGAUGGUCCACAACUGGUAUGUGACAACUCACUUUCACUUUGGGGAUUUUGUUUUGUUUUGUUUUGUUUUGUAGAUUUAUAUACCAUCCUUCAUCAUAAGAUCUCAGGGCAGGAGUUCUUUUUGGGAAUGUGUGAAACUCAAGUCCUAAAUUAUGACAUGCCUCUUGGGGGUUACAAUAAAACUUUGGUACCCUCUACCACUGAAAUGAUAACAAUCUUAGAAUUAACUCAGCAACUGGCAGUAGUGUCAUUGUUAAGUGAAAUUUAGCAGCUCUUCUGCUGUCUUUUUUCCCUAUUACCCCCCCCAUUUUGUUAUUUAAUGAAAAUUGAAGUAGACUGUAUAAAACCGAAUAUAUUAUUAUUCCUUUUUGUUUUCUGACGUUUAGAAUGCCUGAUAUUUUCAGCCUUUAAUUGUGUUUCCAUUAGAAUUUCCUGCAGCAGGAUACAUUUAUAUGUCCAGCAGAUCUUUGGUGAACAGAAAUGCAAGAUGCAUUUGUAUUUUUCUAAUAGCUGAACUGAAAGAAAUAGAUUCUUGUUAAAAAGUUGUUUAAAGGUUUCUGAACUGAUUUGUUUUGUUUAACAAAAUGUAUGUACAACUUGCUUGUUAAAAAAAACAAAAACUUUUUUUAAUGGUUUAUAAAACAUGAAAUAUAUUGAUAAAACAUGGUUAGAUACAGGUAUCAGUAAGCAUUUGAAGGUGAUUGAAAUGAACAGUAGCUAAAAAGAGAUAAACUACAUGUACCUUCUAAAUGUCUGGAUAGGGUUGCCUGAGCAAAAAUGUUUUAAGCAGGUGCCGAAAAGAGUAUAGCCUGCCAGACAUCAAAAGGCAGAGAGUUGUAGGUGCUGUUAAAUGAAACAAUUUAUUUCUUAGGAUAGUUUUAUAAACUUUUGUGCACAGAUGCAGGGCAUUAGGCAACAGAUUCUUUAGCCUUGUUUCUUAAUGGCUUGGGGGGCACUUUUUCAGCUGUAGCAACUUAGUUGAAACUUUUUGCAAGUAAUGCAGGCACAACAGUAGCACAUCCCCUCCAUGAACUACCCCAUUAUAUUUUGUAAAAUUUAUAUACUAGAGAAAAGGCAGACAGCCUGCCUGCCUAGUAUAUAUCAGAUCAUUACAGGCUAUUCCCAUCAUCCUAUUCCUUGGGAAUGGAAUAAAGAAUUUCCUAAUGUCAUUCUUCAAGAUGCAUAAUCCACUACUCCUGUUACCUAACCACUAUAAUCAACUACUUCUGGCCUGUGUAUACUCUAGAAACUUAUACAGAAGAGAAGUUUAGCAUGGUAAAUCUAACUUUGUAGUGUUGCAUCCCUCCUUUUCAUUAGUUUCCGUUACCUGUCAUGGCCUUUCAGAAGGCCUGCAAGGCUUUUACCUCUGUACUCUUUCUGUGCAAUUGAAAAUGCAAGGAAUACAGUUGUACCUCCAUUUAUGUAACCCUCUGGUUACAUAAACUUUGGGAUGUGCGCGGCAAACCUGGAAGUAUUUUACCGGGUUUUGCCCUGCGCGCAUACGCAGAAGCAGUCCUCAGGUUGUGGAAAUCUCGGGAUCUGACCAGACCUCCAGAACAGAUCCAGUCCACAACCGGAGGUACCACUGUAAUGACAAAGAGCAGAGCCCACAUCCUGGUUUUAUCCUCAGCAUCACGUAAAAACAGAAAAUUAAUUGAUCAGCAGCCCACAUUGAUACUAUGGUACAAUUUAUGGCCCAAUCCCAUUGUGAGGAUGGACUUUUUAGACCACAGGCAAAGAACAAGGCUCAAUAUAGAAUGAAUCACUGUCUGUGGCCUCGGAUCUUUCCCUUCCAGGUAAUAGUCCCCCCCCCACCUCAGUAAACUUCAGUAACCAGCAUUUCUCCCAUAGUAGUUGUUUCUCUUGUAGCCCCAUAUUCCUUUCCAUCCACUCAAGUUUCUAAAACGAAAAUACCCACUGUUUGGAAAUAUAACUUUGUGGAUUGUUACUAAGAAGGCCUAUUACACUGUCACAUUUUUUGUCUCAAAUCUCUCAUCCACAUGGGAGACGGCUACAUAGAAAAUUGGAACAUAAAAUGAGGUGAACGUUGUGAUUAGCUCUUUCCCAAUAUAUGUCCCACCAAGAGUUGCAUCUGUUUGGUUGUGGUCAGCUGGAUCAUCAAGCUGUGUUUCACUUAGGUUUCAAUUCUACACUCUACUUACCUUUUAAGGCCCUGUGAGGUUCAGCAGGAUUUUACACGCGGGUGGCGCUGUGGGUUAAACCACAGAGCCUAGGACUUGCUGAUCAGAAGGCCGGUGGUUCGAAUCCCCACAACCGGCUGAGUUCCCAUUGCUCAGUCCCAGCUCCUGCCAGCCUAGCAGUUCGAAAGCAUGUCAAAGUGCAAGUAGAUAAAUAGGUACCGCUCCGGCGGGAAGGUAAACGGCGUUUCCGUGCGCUGCUCUGGUUUGCCAGAAGCGGCUUAGUUAUGCUGGCCACAUGACCCGGAAGCUGUACGCCAGCUCCCUCGGCCAGUAAAGCGAGAUGAGCGCCGCAACCCCAGAGUCGGCCAUGACUGGACCUAAUGGUCAGGGGUCCCUUUACCUUUACCUUUAGACAUGUAUAGGUCUGCACUGUUAAUAAUAUACUUUUGUAGCAAUUGAUGAUUCUAUAAAAAACACAACCCUCAGAGUGAGGAAAGUACAGCAAAUGCAUCCAAACCUGGUACAGUUAUGUAAUUUAUCUGUGAUACUCUUAAUAACUGAACUGAUAAAAUGCAAAAUUGACUAUAUAUUUAACUGGUUUUGAAAAGUCAUGUAAUUUAGGUACUAUUGCUUUUAAAUAGGAUUCUGAAGCAAUAUGACAUUGAUGAUGAAGCUGUUUCUAAAUUAACAAGCAUGUGAAUGUCUGCUAUGCAGCUCAUAAUUAGCUCUGCAGCCAUGUGAAGCCACAUAAAAUAUUUUUAUGUUUGAAAUGAAUAUUCUGUAUCUUCCCCUGUGAGUUUCUCAAUACAUCCCUGUAUUUCCCCUGCUGAAAAAUACAUCUUGUACUUCACUCUUUCUGGGGUUUCAUUUUGGGAUACUGCUCUACACCUCUUGUUUAAUUAAUGUUUGUUUUUCAGUCUCAGUAUCCCAGAAUUUCAUACAGGGGAACUGAAACGGCAUUUGUUUGCCAAUGACAGUAAUUUAUUUUCAGAUUUCUAUAUUGAAGGAAAUGGUACUUUAGACUGUGUCUCAAGCAAGGUUUAAUUAAGGUUCAGUCAGUCACAAUUUAUUUCAGAUUCUUAAAAUUAGGUUGCUAUGUGUAAAACUGCACAAAUUUGUUUUCUGUUCAGCUUGGUAAAUGUGUCUUGAUUCAUGUAGAUUCAUAUUGGAUUACUGAAGCAAAUAAAGAAUCAAGUCAAAUGUAAAUUAGUGAGGAGAUAGGUUUAAUUUAGAAGACAUCUUUAAUCUAGCAUUGCAAUAUAAGUGAAGACCUUAACAGCACUUUACAAAUAAAAACCUAGACAUGAUUGAGCCAAAGUCCAACACCAGCCAAAUUUUGUUGUAUUCUGAUACAGUACCAUCUCGUCAGUUUGAGGCAGGCUGUAUUGUUGCCAUUUUGCUAGAAGAAAUUGUACAGUAUGUCUGAAUUCUCCAGCCUAAGCUGAUCUGUUUGUCUAAUUCUGGGAAAUGGUUGCACAUGUUCUGAGAUUUAACAUAAGCAAUAAAAUCUGAAACUAUCACAAUGAAACACUUUGCUGGUAUAAACUAGCAUGGCUAAUGUUCAGAAUAUAUAUUUGUUGUUUUUUAAUGUAAAAUUCAGACCUGAGGCAUUUAGCAAAACUGGCAUCUCAGUGGAACUGCUGUGGGCUAGUUGAGGCAAGAAAUUGCCUACUUCUUUUGAAAACAGUAACCGCUACUUAUUUCCUUCAGAAAACUCUCAUUAAGUAUUCAUCAUUGGUCCUUUAAAAAUGUCUCGCCCACCCCUUGUUUUCUUUCAGGGAGUAUCUUGGAAAACAGCUACAGUCAGAGCAGCCUCAAACUGCCACAGCACGAAGCUGAGUCUGUCCUUUGGCGGGAAAUAACUGGAGUAACAAUUGCUAUCUUGAAGUGCAAGUAAGAAAAUGAUGUGAUUGCAGUUUCUUCACUGCCUACCCUGCUAUUGUGUAGAUUUCUUCCCUGUUAUUCUUCCAGUAUUGUUGCCAGGGGUAAAAACUAAUCUAGUAAACAGUUUCUGGCAGUUUGCUAGCUGAAGCCCUUUAAUAUUGCAAAAAUAUACAAGAAAUAUAGCUGAUAUAUGUUGCCUUUAUUUUAUGUAUUUAUUGUCUCUAAAUAAGAAAAAAGAACACAAAGCAUUAAAGAAUAAUCAUUCCAUAUCAUUAAUUGUCUCUGUGUUGCCUGUUCUUCACUUGGCUAUGAAUAGUAUUGUUCGGAAAGCAACAUUUCAUUUAAUUUAGUUGACAGAAUGAUUGUUAAAGCUACAUAUGAAAACAGUAAAAGACCAAUUCUUCAUCCUCACUGGUGUUACCAAGAAGCUGGAACUCUGUACGUACAUAUUCUGAGCAAUGAAAACAUUGUCGUGGCCACCAAUGUGAACCACACUCAUGUGAGCUGUAGGCACACGCCAGUCACCCAAUUAACUCCAGAAUUCAAAUGCAACAAACACCCUUAAUUUGGUCAUUAGUCUCCUUUUGUGAGUAAAUAGCUUCCACCUGAUAAGCAUAUCCUGCAUUAUCCUAUUGCAUUUUCAGAGAACUCCCAAACUUACCUAGUUUCAAUGAAGGCAAAGAGCAUCAUGCUAAAGAUAACAAUAAAUUGAGGACUUUCUCAUGUGGUAUGACCAUUAACUUGACCUAGGAUGUCCCUGGAAUCUCUUUUGUACCUUGGACUCUUAGGUCAAGCCUUUUGGGGAGGGGGUCGAAUUCAGGGAGAGGCCUUAUAAGGUUUCCCUAUCAUGGUACAUCUUCCAUUCAUUCUCCUUUUUGGAAUGCUCCCACACAACUUCUUUUCAGAUGCUGUACUCUUGUGAUAUACCAUAGGAGAUGACUUCUUUAUUCCCUCUACUUAAGGUUUAUCUAGAUUCUUCCCUUGCCUCUUCCCUCCGUGGGUUCCCUUGCCUCUGCUUGUUGUUUGUUUCAGGACUGGAAAGACAUCCAGUAGGGUCUUCUGUGAGAGGAAACCCUUUCUGUUUUUCAACCAAAUUUGGGUGGGCUCACCAGGAACCUGGAGAUAGAUGGUUGUGGAAAGGGAAUUACAAUGAGGUUGAACUAUCAGCCCACCCCACUUAAUACCACCUUUCUGAUAGGCAUAAGGAUUGUUUUAAUGAAUUACUCCUCCUUUGCCAAAGCAUGUAAUCCCAGCCAUGAUCAUGUAUCUGUGCUUGUCAGAAAUUCAGAGCUUUGGGUCUCAGCAAUGCCACUCACUUUCCUCAUGAGGACAUGCAGCUAUUGCAUCUCACUUUCCUUACUUUUCUGCAACUUCUGUGUUUUCUCUGACUCCAGCGAGAUGGGGAAGCCUCUAUUUUGCAUGUUAACAUUUCCCACUUAAUGGAUUCUUUCAUUUUUCCCAUAGCAAAACUGGGUGUUUAAGACGUUGCCUCAUUGCUCUGUAUUAGGUGACUUUCCACCUCUGGUCUCUUCCCUCUAUCACUGUAAUGGUAACUAAGUGUAUGGUCCAGGCAAUGCAUGGCUGAAUUAGUCUGUGUAAUGAAUUUUCUCUUCUGUGUUUCUCUAGUGGCAUUCCAAGGCACAAAGCCAUUGUUGUUGCCUCUAUAUCACUGUAUAUUGACAUAGUACCUUUAUUGAGUUAUAAAUAAAUUUCUAUAAUUGCAACAGUGGUGUGGUCAUUGCUGGCUCUCUGGAUCAAGCAUGCUAAUAUAGGUCAGUGCUAAUUUUUCCCAAAUAAACAAGGUAAUCAAAGCAAGAGCAAUGCCAUAUGUAUGAGUUCAACUGUCUUCAGUAAAGAUCCCAAGAGCAGUAUUGCUUAUUUCCCAAAAUCAGCAUUUUAGUGAAUGCAAGUAUUAAAAGCUCAUCUGAAUGAGUGUACGGGUGCACGUGACUAGCUGAAUUGGUAACACCGGGUGGUAUAAUAUAUUUAGAAUUGUGAAAUACAGUGGUGCCUCGCAAGACAAAGAGAAUCGUUCCGCGAGUCUCUUCGUCUUGCGGUUUUUUCGUCUUGCGAAGCAAGCCCAUUAGCGGUUUAGCGGAUUAGCGCUAUUAGCGGCUUAGCGGGCUUAGCGGAUCAGCUGAUAAGCGGCUUAGUGGCUUAACGGAUCAGCUGUUAAGCGGCUUAGCGGAUCAGCUGAUAAGUGGCUUAGUGGCUUAACAGAUCAGCUGUUAAGCGGCUUAGCGGAUCAGCUGAUAAGCGGCUUAGCAAUCAACUGUUAAGCGGCUUAGCGGAUUAGCUGAUAAGCGGUUUAGCGGCUUGGGAAAAAGGGGGGGGAAAGGAAAAAAACCCCGCAGGAACUCGCAAGACAUUUUCGUCUUGCGAAGCAAGCCCAUAGGAAAUUCGUUUUGCGAAGCACCUCCAAAACGGAAAACCCUUUCGUCUAGCGGGUUUUCCGUCUUGCGAGGCAUUCGUCUUGCGGGGCACCACUGUAAUAAUAUUAUUAUUAGAUCCAAGAAUUGUCAUCUUCACAAAAAGAGACAUACUAUAAAUUUAUUUUUCGUGUAUCUCUCGCCCCCUCCCAAAUUAAUGUCUCAUUUUGCAUUAUGUGAAAUAGGUUCAUAACGGUUGCUCUUGUAUACUUCCUGGGGAUAUAUGGAUAUAUGAAAAGUGUGCACAUUGGUAAGCAAAUAUCUGUGUGCAUGCCCAGUUUGAAGAAAAAAAACCAGUAACGGACGGUGAAUAUGUAAUAACAGGGGGGAGAGAACAUGCACACACCAUGCAGAUACCAUCCUAUCAAGGACCAUCCACUUUGGAAUAAAGGAACACUGGUGUAGGCAGAAGACAUUGUUUUGGGAUCAGGAAAGCAAAGUGGACGUGCUUGUACCAACCAACCACACACACACACACACACACACACACACACUGAGCUACCCAUUGUUCAAGAGAUCACCCCUGCAUAGACAUAGCUGAGGUGAAACUGACAAAAAUUUCAGUAGCAAAAGUGAACAAUCAAUAAAUGGCUAUCUAAUUGUAUAGCUUGUUAGUUGCUUAGUGAAUUAAUACAGGCCUUUAUAAUUUAUUUUGGCGUUUGUAGCUGGCUGGUGUUAGGGGAUGUUAAUCAUUGUGCUUUGUAUUAAGUACAUUUAAGAUUUAUUAAGAUUAAGUACCAACAUGAGUUUGACCAAACUUGAAGCUACCAACAUGAGUUUGACCAAACUGCGGGAGGCAGUGGAAGACAGGAGUGCCUGGCAUGCUCUGGUCCAUGGGGUCAUGAAGACUUGGACACGACUAAACAACAACAACAAGAAGAUUAAGUACACGUAUUAAGAUUUAAAUAUACCUAAGUUAGUGUCCAUGAGAAGUUUGAAGCAGUAUUCCUUUAUUCCAGUUGGCAUCAGUAGCGUAUUUGAAUUGAUUUAUGCAUGUACUGUUAUUGUUUUUAAGUUGCUUCCAUGUGCAAUUGUGUCAACUUUUUAUGUAUUUUAUAUAUUUUCUAUUAUAUUGUAAAUCGCUUUGGGAUGCCUCAUGGCAAAUGAUUCAUAAAUGAGAUAAAUACUACCACUAAAUAGAUCUUGAAAAACAGGUUACGCAGCAGAAGAAAUGAAAAAAGACCUAGAACGUUGAGACUUUUACUUUUGGAUAGAUAUUGCCGUGGCUGGUGCACUGCCUAGGAAUUUUAUGCUGCUGCAAAGAGCUUCUGGGGUUGCCAGAGCCCAUGUCAAGCAGAUGUAUUGCACUUGUCCAACUUGGCAGUUAUAAAUAAGAGACCAGAGUAGCCACAAGGGUGGCAGAACUUUCACUAUUUAAAAUGAAUUUCAACCCCCUUUCAAACAGGCCCUUUGUCUUUUCAUUUCCCAAUAGCCUUGGGGUACUUAAAAUACUUCUAUAAUUCUUUGUAAUCCAUCCUAGAAGUUGGUUUGAAAAUCACUGAAGGUCUGCUAUGUAUCGUACUUUGCCUAGCGGUAUACUUGUGGUACAGCUCUCAUAUUGUACCUCUUCUGAAUGCAGCUAUGAAGUCAUAUAUUAAAUGCUUGCAUGUAGCUCAAAAUAUUUGUAUGGGACAAUUGAGUUUGUAUGGUACUACGAUCAUAUACGGACAUAUUAUUGAAGCAAUUAAAGAUUCUGUAGUUCACUCU